ACAAGGCUCAAAACGAAACAAAUCCACCCUGGGCUGCUCAGGCUACGGACAAGUUUGUCGAAGAACCACGAGGAAGAAAAAAUAAUCCUAGAGGGGUUACUAAUUGGUCAAAGAAUGAUAAUGAGUGGGUUCAAAAUUCAGAGAACUUUACCAGUUCAAAUCAAUCUGAUACUUUAAAAUCUGAAGCUUGGUGGUGA